AGCUAGUUAAGUUCAUAAAGUAAGCCUAAAACCUAAAGAAAAAACAAAUCAAACUCGUAUUAUUCACUUCACUUCACGAAAGUAAACCAAUAAAAUUGUUAGAUAUUGUCCCUAACAGACUAACGCGCUCGCAAUUCCCGGGUGAGCUACGGAAAGUUACUAAGUGAAGAAGUUAACUCGCCAUUGAUACUGUUUCAUUAUCAGCAAAACGCCUUGUUUAAGCCAAAUAUAUGGUAAUGGCAGAGAUUGGUGGCCAUUUGGCUCACCAGCUACCCCUGCACAAUCACAGUCAAAGUGGAUUACAGCCGUCGCUGGUGAUGAAUCAUCACCUGGACCUAGAUUGUCAUGGACAUGACGUGAUAAAAAAACAGCGCUUAUCACUUUGUGUGGGUUGUGGUGGGCAAAUUCAUGAUCAAUAUAUCCUGCGCGUCGCACCUGACUUAGAGUGGCAUGCAGCGUGUCUGAAGUGUCAGGAAUGUAGGCAGUUCUUGGACGAGAGCUGUACGUGUUUCGUUCGUGACGGCAAAACCUAUUGUAAGCGAGACUAUGUUAGAUUAUUCGGUACAAAAUGUGAUAAAUGCGGAAGCUCCUUCAGUAAAAAUGACUUUGUGAUGCGUGCGAAAACAAAAAUUUUUCAUAUUGAAUGUUUUCGGUGUUCGGCGUGUGCGAGGCAACUGUUACCAGGUGAUGAAUUUGCGUUGAGAGAUGGAGGUGCCCUAUACUGCAAAGACGAUCACGACGUACUAGAAAAAUCCUCGCAAAAUAGUCUAACAUCGUCAUCAAUAGAAAGCAACAACAACAUUACAAGUAAUAACAAUAACAACACAAACGUUAGUAAUAAUAAUCAUUCAAGCGAAUUGGGUUCAAUGUCAGACUCUGGCAGUGAAUCCGGUUCACAUAAAAGUAUUAGAGAGAAAAGACCAUCAGGUCCUUCAGAUGGUAAGCCGACAAGGGUGCGAACGGUUUUAAAUGAGAAACAACUGCAUACUUUAAGAACCUGCUAUAAUGCUAAUCCGCGACCUGACGCUCUAAUGAAAGAGCAACUUGUUGAAAUGACUGGUCUGUCACCGCGAGUUAUACGAGUUUGGUUUCAAAAUAAACGUUGUAAAGAUAAGAAGAAAACAAUACAAAUGAAACUACAAAUGCAACAAGAAAAGGAAGGACGAAAGAUGGGUUAUGGUGCUAUGCAAGGUAUCCCCAUGAUAGCUAGUUCUCCAGUCAGACAUGAUUCCCCGCUUAAUUUGCAAGGCAUAGAUGUUCAAACAUAUCAGCCACCAUGGAAGGCAUUAUCUGACUUUGCAUUGCAUGCAGAUUUAGAUAGCAAUGGAGCGAUCAACACACAUACGCCAGCUUUUCAGCAACUUGUGAACCAAAUGCAUGGUUAUGACUUAAAUGGCAUGCCACCGUUGCCAUCACAUCAACAACUACAGCAAGGACCACACCAACCGCCGCCUGGACCACAUACCGGCAGUAUGGAUUCCGGUAUAACCUCACAUCAUCAUCCGGAUAGCACAGAUUCAUAUGUUACAUACCUAGAAAGCGAUGACAGUAUGCAAGGCAGUCCAUAGGAACUCAAUUACAAUCGAAUCUAAUUGCCUCUUUUGUUGCUCCACAUCAAUUAUGUUAGCUGCUAUAACAAUAUCCUUACAAUAUUCAUCAAUUGCAUAGCCAGUUCCAUAUAUGCAUGCAUACGGUAUCUUUCGAUUUCAUUAAUAUUAGUUAUUUAUCAGUAUUGGUCGUUUAAUCAAGUAAUCAAGCGACAACAGCAACAACAGCAACAACAACAUUGAUGCCGUGCUGAAUCCCACCACAAAUAAAAGUAACAGCAUUUGUGUAUCAUUCCAAACGAUUACAGAACAGAACUGUUGUGGAAAAUGCUAGAGAAGUGACCUUUAAUCACAUAUAUUGUCUUGACUAAAAAAGCAACAACAACAACAACAACAACUACAUAAACGUAGAGACCCGCAUCAAAAUGGCAGGUGCAAAGAAUAAUUGCUCAAAAAACAUGGCAACAUCUUUACAGAGAAGCUCAUGUAAGAGACAUACAAUGUGGGUAGCCUGUCUAAUUCUAAACUCGAAGAGAAUGACAGUCAGUAACAUAGGUAGAUCAUUGACUGCAAUUCUUUUGAGACUCACACAUGUAAAGGGUGCAGGCAAUGUCAUAUUUCG